CGGUGGCUCCAUUCGAAGGCGACGGCGGUCGUCUGUCUGUGUUUCGGCUCGCGUUAAAAAAAACCAAACAAACCCAAAAACAAAUAACAACAACGGAGAGAAAUAUCACCGUAAUCUCGAUUUGACACCGGGACAACGCGCUCGAGCCUUUUCGGAUUGUAAUCCGGAGGAGGGAGGGUGAGAUGAAGCUGAUAAAAACCCGGCUCGAGACGUUAGUUUUGAAGAAAGACUGAAGGGGUUUUUCUCGUAGAGGGAGCCAUUUUGUCCCGAACUGUGUGGGAGAAGAGAAAGAAAGGAAAAGGAAAGAAACCCGAAGGGUGGAUUAUUUUUGCUUCACGACAGAGAUUUAUCCAAACUGUUCCUGGGGACAAAAAUAAAUAAAAGAAAACAACAACAACAACGUCUCACGGUUAAAAAUAAAAACGCGACUUUUAGCUCACGCGACAGAAAACUAGCCAAGCUAACGUUAGCUUAGCAUCCAAGCUAACCAACAAGAAUUCGCUACAGCAGCAGCAACCGCCUGAUUGUUGUAUAGUGUGUUGGUGUUGUUUGUUGUUUUGCCUCCUCUCUUUAGUGUUAACUCGUUAGAAAAAGAGCCCCAACAUGGCGAAGAAGACCUACGACCUGCUGUUUAAGCUUCUCCUGAUCGGAGACUCCGGCGUGGGGAAAACCUGCGUGUUGUUCCGCUUCUCAGACGACGCCUUUAACACCACCUUUAUCUCCACCAUAGGAAUCGAUUUUAAGAUCAAAACAGUCGAACUGCAAGGAAAGAAGAUAAAGCUACAGAUAUGGGACACGGCAGGUCAGGAGCGGUUCCACACCAUCACCACCUCCUAUUACAGAGGAGCCAUGGGCAUCAUGCUCGUCUAUGACAUCAGCAACGCCAAGAGCUUCGAGAACAUCAGCAAGUGGCUCAGGAACAUCGAUGAGCAUGCCAACGAGGAUGUGGAGAGAAUGCUGCUAGGCAACAAGUGUGAUAUGGAGGACAAACGGGUCGUACCAAAGGCCAAGGGAGAACAGAUUGCCCGGGAACACGGAAUCCGUUUCUUUGAGACGAGUGCGAAAGCCAACAUUAACAUCGAGAAGGCCUUCCUCACGUUAGCAGAAGACAUCCUCAGAAAGACACCUGUAAAAGAGCCCAACAGUGAAAACGUCGACAUCAGCUCUGGAGGCGGAGUCACAGGAUGGAAGACCAAGUGUUGCAGUUGAACAGUCCAUCACACACACAUUCACGAGCACGUGUCCACACGCACACACACACACACACACGCCUACACAUGCCGUUUCCUCUAUCCUGUCUCUUCAUCUCACUUAUACUCAUUUCUUCCUACUUUGUAUCUAACUCUUCCUCCUGUUGCACUCUUUCACCAUCUCCCUCUCUCUCUUCUCUCUCUAUCUCUGUCUCUAAUCUUUCCUGCGCUGUUCCCGCUCACACCUGCUUGCUGACAGUUUUUAUUUCUGAUGACGAAAAACAGUUGUAUAGAUAAAAAGAGAAAUCAUG